AUGAGGACGCUCAAGCUGGUUUAUAGGAAAUACAAAGCUACAUUUACAUCUAUAUCAGCAAAUUCUGGAACAUACACUAUCCCAGAUACGGGUAAAACUUUAAGGAUAAUUGAUCUACCUGGCCAUGAAAGAGUGCGACUUCAAAUGAUGGAAACACACAAAGAUCUGACAAGGGCUAUCAUGUUUGUUGUGGAUAGCUCUAGUGUUCAGAAAGACAUCAAGGAUAUAGCAGAGUACCUUUACACAGUAUUAAGUGACAGCAAAAUCUCAAGUAUAUGUCCACCAGUACUCAUUGUGUGUAAUAAACAAGACUUAACCUUUUCUAAAGGGGCAAAGGUCAUUCAAAGUCAAUUGGAGAAAGAAAUGUAA